UAAACAAAAUCAACAAAAAAACACAAUCGAAUAAUUUUUUGAUUGAUUCAUUCAUUGUUCUGUUGCGUAGAAAUUUGUCAUUACAAAAUUAUGAAAUACGUAGUGUGAUUAGAUUCUAUCGAAUAGAUGGUCUUUGAAAUUUCAUAAUUAUUGAUCAGAAUCGAUUCUAAUAUGGACGAUAAUACCAGUUUGAGAACUCCGGUGUUGGAUAAUCAUCCUUACCAUGGAUUCAAACCAUUGAAAACGAUCUGGAUUGUGUUUUGCUUGAUAUUUCUGAUGUUGUUUGUGGAGUUCGUAGCAUUAACGCUGGUUUUCGUGUGGACUGAUUCAAAAGUGAAAUGUGACUUAUUCUUCUUGAUAGUAUAUACUUUGAUAUCAUUAUGGACUAUUAACUUUAUCGUUCGAUUCUAUAUUAAUUGGAAACACAAGAUAUGUUUGAUGGCUAAAGGGUAUUUUGAAUUUUACGAUAUCAGUUCCCGUUACAUUGAAAUUCCAUUCUAUAUUUCUUGUGUUUGGUUAUGUUUUUUGACGGUAUUGAUUUGUUUGUAUAUUGAAUUUGAUACGACGAUGAAACCGCAAGACUUCUUCUGCAACACUGAUUACCUGUAUUCUCCAAUCAUCCUUGUUACAAUCGCUCUCAGUGUACAGAACGCGUUAUUGAUACCUUUAUACGCAAUUUAUAUCAUGAAAGUUUACGAAUUCAAUAAACGCCAAUGUCCCCCUGAUUCUGAAAAUGGAAACGAAUGGAUGCCUGCCAGUUUACGAGAUACUUUUGCUUCUGGAGAUCUUGGCUACAGGGAACGCUGCGAAGUGAUCGAUAAAAUGUUGGAAAAGCAAGCGGAUUUAAUACGUUAUUACAAAGAAGCUAACGAAUUCUUAAACAAAAAAGUAUUCGAUUUAACAUCGCAAGGCAGAGCAGCAUUGGAAAAUAAUUAAUUAGGGUAAAUUGCAAUUUAGGGAUAUGAAAAUUUCAGGUAAUUCCGCUUCUUCUGAUGGGUCUCCGCGUUUAUAUCUUUUUAUAAUACUAUUUUUACUGGCGAGCAGUUACGCUGCUAUUAUAUUUUCGUAGAUUCUAAACAUGUGAUUGUUAGUUUUAAGUAUUCCCUUUCCUUAAUUUGCCAUUAUAUUUAUUUUUCCACUACAUUAAGGUAGUAUCUUGUUACCUAGGCAAGAAUUUGCUUUCACUUUGGGAAUGCUCUUUGAGAAUUGAUAUUCCGCAGCGUUUUUAACUGUUCCCUUUUUGCCCCUUGAACAAAAUCGGAUCCAAGUUAUAGAGUGUUGUGAUAUAAUUAUUUAGAGCGGUAGUGGUGUAAAAAAAUGUACAUUGAACUAUUUCGUGAUGCUAGUGGGUUGAAUCUAGCGCACAAAUUUACUUUUUAGCUCGACUGCCUAUGCAGGUUUUAACUUAUAAUUCGAACUAUCGGUAUUUUAAGUCAUUCUUUUUUUAAAGAUUAAGUCCUUUUUAUUAAUCGUAUUUAUUGGUUUUUUUCUCAGAACUCGUAUUGUAACUUCCUCACCUUGAUAAUCAAUAUACUUAUUUAUGGUUUUUAUACGA